AUGAUGAAAAGAGGAGACACAAAAAAGAACCCUUCGCAAGUCCGCACAAAAAAGCAGCUAAGUCAUCCUCCAAAGCCAGUGCCAAAGCACCCAGUACAAGUAAGCUUAUCUUCUGUCAUUUGUAUCCAGAGAUGAUGGCGAAAAAUGUCUAUGAAGCUUGUAAAUUUAAAUUAGAUGAGCCAAAAGAUCAAUAGGAUGAAAAAUCAGUUUAAGGCGAGGCAAGAAAGUUUAGAAAAUGAUGCUAAAGAAAUUCAAGGGCGGUACCAUUUAAAAAGCAAUUCUUGCAACCAAAGCACUUUAAACACUGAAGAUUCUAGGUCUGGAUUUAUAUAUAAUGAUUCCAGCAUGAAUUACUAUAAAAAAAAUUUUUUGCCUCCAAAAACUCCUCCAGCAAAACAUGAAGAAUCCUCAAUAUUAAGGCCAAAUAGCGUAUUUUCUAAUUCAAUUUGUGACAGCUCUGAUCGCAUGACUCCAGACGUAAGAUCCCAGACUUCUGAAAAAGCUAGCAAUUUGAUGAAUUUUUUAAAUGAAUCAGAAAAUGUAUUCAAGCACCAAAAAUCUGAGACUUCUAGUAAUAUAGAGUCCAUUACUUAUAAAUUAGAACUAGAAGAUGCUGCCAAAACAAUUUCGUCUUUAAAGGAAAUAAUUUUUAAACAAAAGCAAAAAAUUAUUGAAAAAGACCAAGAAAAAAUUGAAGAAAUAGAAAGAGCAUUGGAAAAUCAAAAAAAAGAAUUCGAAGAAGUCAUUGAAAAAAACGUUAAGUUUAUUGAGCAACUUUUAGCUGAAAAAGAAAUCAGACUGAAGCAACUAAAUGAGCUAAACGUGAAAAUAAAAGAAAUGGAAGGGCAAAAUUAUAUCGCAAUGCAAGAAAUGAGAGAAAAAUUCCAAAAAGAAAUGAAAAAAGGGAAAGAUGCAGUUAUAACGACAGAGAAAAUAAAGAGGGAUUCAUGAAUGAAAGAAAAAGCGAAAGAAAUCAAAGAGCAGACUGCCAAAGGGCUUGAGCCAGAAAUUUCGAGGCUUAUAAACGAGCAUAAAAGAGUUAUAGAAAAACUAAAAGAAGAGCAUCAGCUUGAAAUGCGCCAAUAUAAGCACGAAAUUGAACAAAAUUAUGAAAAAAGGCUUUUAUCAGUAAGAGAAGAGCAAAAAUCGAAGCUCGACGACGUAUUAGAAAGAGAAAGGGAGCACUAUAAAUCACGCAUUAAUGAAAUGCAUAUAAAGCAAGAAGAAGAAUUCCAAAAAAUGCGAAAAAACUGAAGCGAAGAUGUUGCCACAGAGCAUAAAAGAAAUCUUGAGCUAAGAGCUCAUGAUGAAACUAUCCAUCAAGAAAAACUGAAAAAAAUUGAAGAAGAAAAUCAGCAAAAAUUAAGGGACCAAGAGAAAAAAUUCCAGGAAGAUUUAGAAGAAUUAGAAAGAAAACAUGAAAAUAAAAUAAAAAAACUGAAAUUUGACUAUGAAGAAGAAAAAAGAGAAUUUAUGGAUUUACAUCAAAAUAGGAUGAAUAAAGAUCUGGAUACCCAAAAAAAUGAUUUGAAAAAUGAGUUAAUUAGACAGCGAGACAGAGAAUUAAAAGAAAUAGUAGAAAAAUUAGGAGAAGAGCAAGUCGCCUAUAAAAAGCGAAUUGAUAAAGAAUCGGAGUCCAAGAUCAGGACAAUGCGAGAAAAAUUUGAAUCAGAAUUCAACCAAUACCAAGAGCUCGUCAAUAACUUAAAAUCCAAAAUUGAUGAAUCAAGCCAAGCUAAGCGAAAUUUAGACGAAAAUUUUGAUUUAUUAAAUAGAAAAAUCCAAGACCAGGAAUUAAUGAUUUUAAAACAGAAAGGCCAAAAAAAGCAACUGAAAGAGCACAUAGAAAAUUUAGAAGCAAGGAUACAAAAAUUCAAAGCAGGAGAAAGCGAGUAUGCAGAAGAAGUGAGAAUUCAAGAAAGGAGGCAGCAAAAGAAGCUGCAAGAAGAGCUUGAGUACGCGAAAAUGGAAAUAAAUAGAUUAAAAGCAGUUCAUGAAGAAAAAAUUGAAGAAAUGACACAGAGAGAAGCUGAAGAACUUGAAGAAAUUGAACAGAGGGUCAAACAGACCAUUUCAAGAAAAGAUGAAAAAAUAAGGGAAUUGCAAGAAGACUUGAAGUUUAUGCAAAUUAAGGCUCAGAAGUUAGAAGAACUUCUAGAAAAGCAAAGACGUGACUUAUCUAUAAUGUAA